AAGGCGACAAGCGACAAGCGGCAAGCGGCAAGCGACAAGCUGCCAACUCCGUGUUUCGAAGCAGAAACGGCGGGGAUCCGAGCAUUCAUUAUUCGCUACCUGGGUAUCUUGGGAUUUUGCAGUAACUAGAAACUGAUCUCUCGCUUAAGAAACAACAAUUCUUCCCACAUCCAAACCAUCUCCCUCUCUCGCUUCCUUCCUCCCUCCCUCUCCCUCCCUCCCUCGACGCCCCCUUCGGUUCCCCGGGCUGUGGCCUCACCGCGUACCACCGCCGCCGCCAUGGACGGGCCCUCCAUUAUCAAGGAGCACGGCAAGGCCAUCAUCAACGCCAUCCAGAGAACUACCCAGAACGAUUGGAAAGUUCUGGUUUUAGACGAAGGCACCAAGAAAAUCAUCGACAGCUCCGUCAACGAAGAUGACAUCCUCAACCACAACAUCGCCAAUAUCGAGCGCAUCGAGGAGCGGAGGGAGCUGAACCCGGACAUGGAUGCCGUGUACCUCCUCUCUCCCCUGCCACACAUCGUCGACUGUCUCCUCGCCGACUUCGAGCGCCGCCGCUACAGGAGGGGGUUUAUCAUAUGGGCUGGCUCCUUGCCCGACCACCUGCACCGCCGCCUAGAUGGGGCCCGGGGGCAAAUGGGAGGGCCCCCUGACCGUCUGCUCGUCGACUUCUACCCCCGGGAGUCGCAUCUCAUCACCUUUCAGGACCCGUCCAGCUUCCUCGUCUUGUACAAUCCCACCUGCAACAACCUCGUGGCACCACAUUUACGCGCCCUGGCAUCAAAGAUUGCCGCCGUCUGCAUCACCUUGCAAGAAGUCCCCAAGAUUCGGUACUACCAACCCCCGGCACACACCACCCACGACGCGAAAGUCUUGUGCAUGCACCUGGCCCGCUUCGUCCAGGAAGAGCUAGAUGGCUAUCAGCGCUUCGACCGUAAUUUCCCACCGCAAUCUCAGCGGCCACAGUCGGUGCUGCUCAUAACGGACAGAUCGAUGGACUUGAUGGCCCCCCUGGUACACGAGUUCACCUACCAAGCCAUGGCCCACGAUCUGCUUCCGAUAAAGGAUCAAGAAAACGGCAAGGUCACUUUUCGCAUGACCGUCAACGAGAACACGGCCAAUGCCGAGGAGAAGGACAUGGAACUCAUGGAUAAGGAUACCGUCUGGGUCAACAACAGGCACCGCCACAUGAAGGAUACCAUCGACAAGCUCAUGAGCGACUUCCAGAAGUUCCUCGACCAAAACCCACACUUCGCCAAGGCGGAUGCCGGGAAGACCACCGUGAACGACAUUCGGGACAUGAUGGCUGGCCUGCCGCAGUUCCAGGAGACGAAGCAGGCCUACUCUCUCCACCUCACCAUGGCCCAGGAGGCCAUGAAUAUCUUCAAAAAAUACAAGCUCGUAGACAUUGCUGCGGUAGAGCAGACCUUGGCCACCGGCCUCGACGAAGACUACAAGAAGCCCAAGAACGUCCUCGACGAGGUUGUCCGUCUCUUGGACGACCCAGACGUGGCACCGGCAGACAGACUCCGCCUCAUCACCCUGUACGUCUUGUACCGUGACGGCGUUAUUGAGAAGGACAUCAGCCGGCUACUAUGGCAUGCCUCUCUACAGCGAUCGCGCGACAGCCAAGACCAAACCAUCAUCGAAAACCUGCACCUCCUCGGCGCCCGCCCCCUGAAAGAACUCAAAGAACCGCGCCAGCCGCCGCCCCCCUUAUUCCCGCCCCGCAACCCUCAAGGCGCCAUCCCAGACGACGAAUACGCCCUCUCCCGCUUCGAACCCGCCCUCAAGCAAAUGCUAGAGCACGUCUGCGCGGGCGACCUCGACCCGGCCCUCUUCCCCUACGUCGUGCCCCCGCUCGAGGCGGCCUCGGAAACCCACGGCUCGCAGGGCUCGCUCCGCUCCGCCGCCCCCCGCUGGGCGUCGGCCAACCGGCGGCAGGCCGAAAACCGGCAGCGCGUCAUCGUCUUCGUCGCCGGCGGCGCCACCUACUCGGAGGCGCGCGCCUGCUACGAGAUCUCGGACAAGCACAACCGCGACGUCUUCCUCGCCUCCAGCCACAUGGCCUCCCCGGGCAAAUACAUCGCCGACCUCCGCGCCCUCAAGCUCGACCGCCGCCGCCUCGACCUGCCCGUCGACCGGCCCCCGCCCCGCGCCCCCGCCCACCUGUUCGAGCGCCCCGCGCCCGUCCCUGCCCCCGCGCCCGCGCCCCAACAGCAGGCUGCCAUGGGCAUGGGCAUGGGACACCAGAUGCCCCCCGGUGGUGGUGGUGGUGGUGGUGGGCUGCGGCCGCCGACCAAGGGCAUGGCUGGUAUGACCCUGAACAACAACGGUCCGUCGGCGUCGGCUUCGUCGCUGGGCGUGGGCGGUGCGGGGGACUUGCGGCCGGGGACGAGCGGGUCGGAUGGGGGUGGCGGGAAGAAGAAGGAUAAGGAGAAGAAGAAGCGGAAUAUCUUUGGGAUUAAGAAGUGAAGAAGGGCGGGGGUCGGGGGGGGGCUGUAUUGGGGUUUGCUGUGGUUGAUUGGUUUGGUUUGGUUUGGUUUGGUUCUUGGCUUCGGCUCGGUCUGAUCAAGCAUGGAGUUCCGGUUCCGUUAUGGGGGUUGGUUUGGUUGAGGGGCUGACCUGACAUUCGUUGGUUGGGGAGAGAAAGAAGGCGUGCAUGUGUGCGUUGAUGGGCGGGUGUAUCUAGCGGUACGUGUCUAAUCUGUAUCUACGCUACAUAUUCCAAGUAUGUAGAUGGAUGUAGAUGGGUGUGGGUGCUUCCGCUUUUGUUGUAUCUACGUCCGUCGAUGCAAGAGAUGGAUACCCUAGAUCUGUCGACGCGAACCUGGUCAAGUUACAUAAACAAGAAGUAGUAAUUUCGACGUCACCAAUGGCAUGAC